ACAAAAGCUCGGCCGAAAUGCGCUCAAAAGCCUCUUUCUCCCCUCUCAUUUCGAUCAGGCAUAAUAUAUUGCAGGGCACCAAGCAAAAGGGAGCCUCAUAUCAAAAUAGAGAGGACCGGAAGGCAUCCAGUUCUGCUGUUCUUUCUGCAGUUCCGCUCAUUCUCAUCGUUCACUGUAAGAAUUUUUUCCUGGUUAGUGCUUCUCCAGUUUAGGAACCACAAUUGAGUAGCACAAAUGCUGGUGUCCGGGAGAAAAGGACUGCUGGUUCUGUUCGCAAGUUUCGUGAUUCUUUCGCUUGUUAUACCGCCAUCCCAUGGCUCGUCAAAUUCCAAGGAGGAACUCGAUCAGAGCCGAAACAAGACUGCGCAUCCUUUGGAGCUGAUGCCCAAAAAGUCAUUUCAGCUCAAGCUGCACGCACUGUUCCACUGGUCUUCUUUUGGUUUCUUGAUGCCCGUAGGGAUACUGCUGGUCAGGAUGUCAAGCAAAUCGAAAAGCGGCAGAUGCAUCAGAGUCCUCUUCUACUGCCAUGUCAUUUCUCAGAUCGCAGCAGUACUUCUUGCUACCGGCGGUGUGGCUCUAUCCGUGAUGAACUUUGAGAACUCCUUCAGUAACAGUCACCAAAGAGUAGGAUUGGCACUGUAUGGAUUCAUGUGGCUUCAGCCCCUCAUUGGUUUCUUCAGACCAGAAAGAGGUGUCAAGGCAAGGAGUCUGUGGUACUUCUCCCAUUGGCUUCUAGGCGUGACCGUUUGUGCCACGGGCAUCGCAAACGUCUACACUGGCCUCCGUACGUACCAUGAAAGAACCACCAAGAGCGUGAGCCUGUGGACCGGUCUCCUCACUGUUGAGGUCUCCAUCCUAGCUUUUCUCUACCUCUUGAUAGAUAGAUGGAGCUACAUGAUGAAACAAGGACACCUCCCGGUUGAGCAGCUAAGACCUACCGAUAAUCACAGGACCUAUCCGACCACUCUUCGGAAGGAAUUGGGCAUGGUGCAAGAGUGAAGUCCCCAAAUAAAUAAAAAAGACUGCGGGAAGAUUGGUGUUGUGAAAUCUGUAAAGGGGGAGAUGGCAACGCUGCUAAAUUGUUUCGUAACUUGUUUGGUUUGAGAGGCAUGCCUUAAAGAAGAUUGUACAGUUUUUAAACUUCUGUUGAGAUUGCAGAGGAUUGGAGCCUCUGGUGUUGUAUGUUGUGGGAUGGAUUUUAGAUCUUACAAGACACCAUUUUGGACUGCUUGAGUGCAGACAGAUGCAGAUACAUUUCUUCAGAGAAGAAAAAUGAUUGGAAGAUUCAGAAUUGUGA